CUGCUCGGCCCCCUCGUGCGCUUCAUGGCAGGGAUCAAGGAGAAGAAGCUGUACGGACUCGACCACGCCGUGCUGAAUGUCGAGCCGCCCGCCAGCAUGUGGAUGAACCUGGGGUAUUGGAAAGAUACCGAGUCCUUUCCAGAAGCAUGUCAAGCACUGCUGGACGAGGUGCUACAGACCGCCAAACCAGAUCAAGGCAUUGAUCUGCUCGACGUGGGAAUCGGCUGCGGCGAUCAAUCGGUGUAUUUGACCGAGCUUCUUCACAGCUCGGGUUCUCCCCUGGUUGAUUCCUACGUGGGCAUCACCAUCGCAGAGGCCCAAGCGGUCUUUGCCCGCUCGCGACUGACUUGUGCUGGCAAGAUCUUUGCCGCCGACGCAGCGGAUCCGGCUUCAUGGAACGAUCAACUGAAAGAAGCUGUGGUAAGGCAGAAAUCGAAUAACAAGACCACAUGGCUGCUUGCUCUAGACACUCUCUACCACUUCAAGCCAUCGCGGGCGCCGCUGUUCAAAGCGGCGUGUGGCGAGAUGAACGCCUCCCUGAUGGCCUUCGACCUGGUGCUCUCCGAUACGGCGAGUCUCCGCGACAAGCUCAUCCUCUACGCCAUGUGUCUUGUGUCGGGGAUUCCAUACACCAACUUGAUGACGAAAACGCAGUACGAGGCUCUGCUUGUGCGAGCCGGGUAUGAGCUGGGGGAGAUCGAGAUGCGAGACGUCAGCGAGCAUGUCUUCUCCGGUAUUUCGCGGUAUAUCCUCAACCGAGACGCCGUGAUGAGGCCGUACGGGAUCUCCUUGGGCAGGUUUCGAGGCGCAGCCAAAGUGUUUCGAUGGUGGGGGGAAAGUGGUCUGGUCAGGGGGUAUAUCAUUGUAGCUCGUCAUAGUUCAUGUUCCACCAAGCAGUAGCCCUAAUUAGAUCCGGAUUCUAUCCAAGUGCAUAUAUAUAUAUAUAUAUAUAUACAUCUACCUCCUCCACGGCACCUGCACGCCUAGACUAUCUGCCAUUCGCAUGGCAGAGACCACACAUCCUUCCAGCAGCACCAUCCCGUCCCAGCACCACGCACCGACGAGCCAGACGUUUCCAUCUCCGUUGCGCCAUGCUUUCUCCCCCCUGUCUGCCCC